AUGUUAGGCCGCACUGGGAGCCAGGCUGUGUUGGCCAUGCUAGGCCGUGCCGGAUGUCAGACGGCCAUCACUCACCUCGGUCUAUCUCUCUCCCUCGUCCAGGAGGCGGCAGAAUCGAGGGCCGAGGAGGCGCGAGGGGUGGAGGCGGAGCUGAGGCGCAGGCUGGAGGCGGAGGAGGCAAGAUGUCAGGAGUUACGCGCUCAGUUGGAGAGACAGGCUCAGGAGCUGCGCGAGGUCCGGCAGAGGGCGGACGUUGACGCAGAGCGAGCAAGCGCCCUCGAGGGAGAGCGGGGUCUGGUCCAGGAACGUCUCCGAAGCCUGCAGCGAGCGGUCGCUCAGUGCGAGACCGAGAAGGCGGAGUCCGAGCGAGCAGCCCUCCGGCUCGAGAGGGACCGAAUGGCCACCAGGAGGGGCCUGGAAAAG